AUGAUUUCUGUUUGUUUAUUCGAAAGCGAUACUUUCGGUCAAAACCAGAAUAAGAGUAAAAGCAAGAGAACCGGUGGACGAAGGAGUUCUCCCGUCAGACGCGACGGUAUUGUUCCCGAUGUCAUCGAUUCGGUGCCAAAGGGAAAGAUUACGGUCAAAUAUACGCCGGGACUGGAAGUGAAAUACGGCAAUGAAUUAACGCCAACACAAGUGAAGGUCCAGCCGGUAGUCGAGUGGCCGGCGGACAAAGACUCGUACUAUACGCUGGCAAUGGUUGAUCCCGACGCUCCCAGUCGUAAGGAUCCCAUGUUUGGUCAAUACAAACACUGGUUGGUAAUUAAUAUUGCGGGUUCUGACGUGACCAAGGGCAAAUCUCUGGCCGAAUAUAAAGGCUCGGGACCGCCGAAGGAUACGGGACUUCAUCGAUAUAUUUUCCUGGUCUACAAACAGCCGGGUAUUAUUAAUACAACUGAAAAGACAGUGGCCACCGAUUCCCUGACCGGUCGUCCAUUCUUUAAAGUGCGGGAUUACGCGAAGACCAAUCGGUUGGGCCAACCCGUGGCCAUCAACUACUUUCAGGCACAGUUUGACGGGUCCCUCGGAUAA